AUGUCUGUCUCAAGUGAUGAUGACUCGAGUCUUUUCGGCUCAUCCUCAUCAGACGAGGAUGAGCCGGAUAGGAAGGAGAUUCCCAAGGCUGACACCGAGAUGGAUAAUACGGCAGAGGGAACUGCAGAGGGAACUGCAGAGGGAACUUCAGAGGGAACUGCAGAGGGAACUGCAGAGGGAACUGCAGAGGAAACUGCAGAGGAAACUGCAGAGAAGAAACCCAGUGCCGAACGUACACAUGUGGACACCGGUGAUGGGGAUCUAUUCGGGGACGAUGAAGGGAUCGGUGAGGAGCCUGGAUUGAAUAAGGAACAUACCGAAUCGAAGGGAAGAACAUCAUCCAGAGAUAGCGACAACUUAUUCGGAGAGUCUGAUGAUGAUGAUGAUGAUGAUAAUAAUAAAAAGGAUGCUACCAAAGAAAAGGAACAGGGUCGAGAGGAUACUGAAGGGGACGAUAAGAAAAUCGCGGCACCAGCCUCUGAAGAACGGCUAGUCGACGUUGACGCUGACAUGAGUGAUGCAUCUAGCACAGGACUCGGGCCAGGGGGAGAGAGCGGCGAAGAUAAUAAACCGAGCACUCACAGUGAUGACGAGAGUGGAUCUGAUGAGGAUGGAAGUCGGUCACCGAUGGCGAAGAUCCAUACGGUUAAGGUACACGAUAGUGCACCUAGUGAUGUAUUCACUGAUGGACGCUGUCAUAUUGUUAAGCUCAUGCCCACUGUUACUGGCAUCGAUCCGAUACCCUUCUCACGCGAUACAUUCCCAAUGCUACACUCAGCUGCCUUGGAGAAGUGUCCUGAUGAGAAGAGUAGAGCGGCCAUGACUAGUCGGGCUGAGAACUCUAUACGAUGGCGAUUCAAGGAGGGGACUGACAAUAAGGAAAUAGAAUCCAACGCUCGGUUAGUUGAAUGGGCAGAUGGUAGUCUUACAUUGAUGGUGGGAAAGGAGUCGUUUAAAGUGCUCAAACGUGACGAGAGGGUGUAUAUCUUCGACAAGGGGGGUUCCAACCCUCCAGGAUUCACUGCUAAUGGAGUACCUGUACUGGGAUCAAUUACCGAUAUGAGCUGUCAUGGGUUAUGUACAUCCCAACUAACCGUUACUCCUGGAUCCCUCGAGUCCCGAACCCAUAAGAACCUCGCACGUUGGGUCAUACGACCACAUGGGGAUAGUCUCAAGGGACAGAAGAAGAAGACUAGUCUAACCACUACUGAUGAAGUCCUAGCUGCACAGGCUAAAGCAGAGCAAUCACUUGAGGACAGCCGAUUUGCAUUAUCAGCUGGUUCCAGGAGGAGGGAUAUGCUCGGACGGAGAGGUAUGAGUGAGGCGUUCUUGGAAUCCGGUAUGGGAUCCAGUUCACCCAGUGGCGGUGCUCGUGGUAUUCAUAGCCUAAAACAGCAGUAUAAGAAGAGGCGGAGGACUAUGAAGGAUAGUGAUAUACCCGAUGUUCAACGUGAUACUGCUUGA